AUGACGAAGGUAUAUGGAACUGGGGCUUUCGAUUUCAAGCGCCCUAGAGUGGCGGAAUACCCUGUGGUGGAUGAAAUCUCGCAGCCGGCCGAAGAUGUUGUUCAAAAGCCUCCGGAGUCGCAGCAGCCCGUCGGUUCCAGGCUGUCCACCGCCAUGACCUUGACGGAAAUACAGAGGGAUCGACUAACGAAAAUCGCCGAGGAAAAUUGGGUGACGACCGGAGAUUCUACUACUCCCAAGAAGCCUUUUAGUUCGGAUUUGGUUAAAGAGAUUUACCAGACGGAGUUAACCGUGAAAGGUGGGCGAAAGCCGGUUCCACUCCAAAGAGUGAUGAUACUGGAAGUUAGUCAGUAUUUGGAGAACUACCUAUGGCCCAAUUUUCAUCUAGAGACGGCUACCUUUGAGCACAUUAUGUCAAUGAUCCUCAUGGUUAAUGAGAAGUUUCGGGAAAAUGUGGAUGCUUGGAUCUGCUUUCAUGACAGGAGUGAUAUGUUUCAGGGAUUUUUUGAGCGGGUACUAUCCUUAAAAGAGGGAAGAAGCUUUAGUAUUGCAGAGAAGACAAAUUAUCUACUUUUCAUGAUCAAUUCCUUUCAGAGCCUUGAAGAUAAAAUCGUGAGACAAAAUAUUUUAAGAGUAGCAGGCAUGCAGUGUUGGCAUAGCUUAUCUUAUGGCCGUUUGCAGAUUGAACUAUGUCUUAAUCCAAGUUUGAUUAAGAAAUGGAAGAACAUCGCCAAAAAAGGGAAGGAUGCCGCUCAGAGUGGGAAAGGACAUUUCUUGCGGGAUCUCAUUGAAGAGUUAUUGGAGGUGCUGGAUUCCAAUGUUUUUCUUUACCAGCGGCAGGGCAAUGAAUCUGAUCAAUCGGUUAAUACUGGUGUUGUGGAAUUUGUUAAUGACGCAUGUGUCUUGUAUUGUGAAAGAUUUAUGGAGUUUUUGAUUGAUCUCUUGAGCCAAUUGCCGACGAGGAGAUAUAUCAGGGCUCUUGUAGCCGACAUUGGUGUUGUUGCAAAAUGUCAUUUAAGUGCUCUGUAUAGACAUGAGAAGGGGAGACUUUUCUCCCAGCUGGUUGACUUGCUUCAGUUCUAUGAGAGAUUCCCGAUCGAUAACUAUUCUGGCAAACAAAUGGACGAUGAUGAGGUGCUUCAAGCACAUUACAAACGCUUCCAGGCUUUCCAGGUUCAUGCUUUCAAGAAGAUUCCGAAGUUGAAAGGGCUUGCUUUAGCCAACGUUGGUGCAAUAGAAAAGCGUGCUGAUCUUUCGAAGAAACUCGCUAUACUUUCUGCUGACGAGCUGAGGGAUUUAGUCUGCAAAAAGCUGAAGCUAUUGUCAAAAAGCGAUCCUUGGUCUGAGAGAAGGGAGUUUUUGAUUGAGGUCAUGAUGUCUUUUUUUGAGAAACAACAAUCGCAAAAAGAAGCCAUAAAUGCCCUUCCGCUCUAUCCUAACGAGCAGAUAAUGUGGGAUGAGAGCCUGGUGCCGAGCAUUAACUACUCUGGUGAGGGCUGUCUCGCGCUCCCAAAACUCAAUCUACAAUUCUUAACACUCCACGAUUAUUUGCUUAGAAAUUUCAACCUUUUCCGCCUUGAGUCAACGUAUGAAAUCCGUGAGGAUAUUCAAGAAGCAGUACCACAUUUGUUAGCUCACAUUAAUAAGGAAGGAGAAACCGCUUUUCGGGGCUGGUCAAGAAUGGCUGUGCCAAUCAAAGAAUUUAAGAUUACGGAAGUGAAGCAGCCAAACAUUGGGGAAGCAAAGCCAUCAGCUGUAACUGCAGAAGUUACUUUUAGCAUUUCAAGCUAUAAAGCACAAAUUAGGUCGGAGUGGAAUGCCCUUAAAGAGCAUGAUGUCCUCUUCUUGCUCUCUAUUUGCCCAUCAUUUGAACCUUUAAGUGCAGAUGAAGCUGCUAAAGCUACUGUGCCACAGAAGCUUGGUCUUCAGUACGUACGUGGAUGUGAGAUUAUUGAAAUACGAGAUGAGGAGGGCACUCUCAUGAAUGAUUUCACAGGAAGAAUUAAGAGGGAUGAAUGGAAGCCUCCAAAAGGAGAACUUAGAACUGUGACUGUGGCAUUGGAUACUGCACAAUAUCAUAUGGAUGUUAGUAAUAUUGCAGAGAAGGGUGCAGAAGAUAUUUACGGCACAUUCAAUGUCCUGCUGAGGAGGAAACCCAAGGAGAAUAACUUCAAAGCUAUUCUAGAAUCCAUACGAGACUUAAUGAAUGAAACUUGCAUUGUUCCUGAAUGGUUGCAUGACAUAUUUUUGGGUUAUGGUAAUCCUUCUGCUGCACAGUGGAUUAACCGUCCAGAUCUACUGGAGCAUGUAGACUUUAAGGAUACUUUCCUUGAUGCUGAUCAUGUCAGAAAGUCUUUUCCAGAUUACCAGGUUUGCUUCAUAACUUCGGAUGGCACUGAAAACGCAAGUCCUAGACCCCCUUUUCGCAUUAACCUUCCCAGAAGUUUGGCACGAAGAACUCAUGCUUUGCCUGGGGAUGAGAAGGCCAUCUCAGCUCCAACAGACGGGGAGACAAAAGAGAAACUACUUGUUGAGGCUUAUAUUCCUCAGGACCCUGGUCCAUACCCGCAAGACCAACCAAAGCAAAACUCAGUGAGGUUUACUCCCACUCAGGUUGAUGCAAUCAUUUCAGGGGUUCAGCCAGGAUUAACCAUGGUUGUUGGGCCACCUGGAACGGGAAAGACUGAUACAGCCGUUCAGAUCUUAAACGUGCUUUAUCACAAUUGUCCAUCUCAAAGGACCUUGAUAAUUACUCAUUCAAAUCAGGCUCUGAAUGAUCUGUUUGAGAAAAUUAUGGAGAGGGACGUGCCAGCUCGCUAUCUUCUUCGUCUAGGUCAAGGUGAACAAGAACUAGCGACUGAUCUUGAUUUCAGUCGUCAAGGCCGUGUGAACGCAAUGCUUGUACGACGUCUGGAGCUACUUAGUGAAGUAGAGCGACUUGCUAGAUCCCUUCAGCUCCCGGAAGAUGUCGGCUAUACGUGUGAGACUGCUGGUUACUUCCGUCUGCUUCAUGUUCAAUCCCGCUGGGAACUAUUUUUAGAUGCUUGUAAGAAAAAUCAAGAUAAACCAGCAUUUGUUCAUGAUAAAUUUCCAUUCAAGGAAUUCUUUUCAAAUGCACCACAGCCUAUAUUUACUGGCCAAUCCUUUGAGAGUGACUUGCGGGCAGCAAAAGGUUGCUUUCGUCAUCUGGAAACUAUGUUUCAGGAGCUUGAAGAGUGUAGAGCCUUUGAGUUACUUAAGUCGACUGUUGACCGCUCAAAUUACCUCAUGACAAAACAAGCAAAGAUUGUGGCGAUGACUUGCACCCAUGCUGCACUUAAACGAAAGGAUUUUCUUCAGGUAGGCUUUAAGUAUGAUAACUUGUUAAUGGAAGAAAGUGCUCAAAUUUUGGAGAUUGAGACAUUCAUCCCAAUGUUGCUCCAAAGGCAGGAAGAUGGCUAUGCCCGCCUUAAGCGCUGUAUAUUGAUUGGUGACCAUCAUCAGUUGCCUCCUGUAGUGAAAAAUAUGGCUUUCCAGAAGUACAGCCAUAUGGAUCAGAGUCUAUUCACCCGAUUUGUUCGCCUAGGAAUCCCUUACAUUGAACUCAAUGCUCAGGGCAGAGCAAGGCCAAGUUUAGCUAGGCUUUACAAUUGGAGAUACAGAGACCUUGGUGAUCUUCCAUUUGUAAAGGACAAUCUGACCUUCCAUAGGGCAAAUGCUGGGUUUUCUUUUGACUACCAGUUGGUUGAUGUGCCUGAUUAUCAUGGUAGAGGUGAGACUGCUCCUUCCCCUUGGUUUUACCAAAAUGAAGGUGAAGCCGAGUACGUCGUCAGUGUUUAUAUGUAUAUGCGCUUACUUGGAUAUCCUGCCAACAAGAUAUCCAUCUUGACUACUUACAAUGGCCAAAAGUUUUUGAUUCGCGAUGUCAUCAACAGGCGAUGUAUGCCUUAUAGCUUCAUCGGUCCGCCUAGUAAGGUUACUACUGUUGAUAAGUUUCAAGGACAACAAAAUGAUUACAUAUUGUUGUCACUUGUACGAUCUCGAUUUGUGGGUCACAUUCGAGAUGUUCGAAGACUGGUGGUUGCUAUGUCCCGUGCUCGAUUGGGGCUAUAUGUUUUCUGCCGGCGUUCUCUUUUUGAACAAUGUUACGAGUUACAACCAACAUUUCAACGAUUGCUCAUGAGACCUGAUCAACUUGCCCUGAAUCUAAAUGAGGUCAUGUCCUAUACUGAUCGUCUUGUUGAGGACACUUAUCCAAGGCAUCUGGUUUCCGGCGUUGAAGAGAUGGCGAGCAUUGUCAAUGCCAAGAUCCAACAAGUGUAUCAGGCACAAGCUAUGAGCUAUCAGUUCAAUCUUUUGGCCAAUUCUGGGCCUGUCCCUAUGGCCGUGGAUGAUUCAGAACAGAAUGUGUCGCCUCCUGUUAUGCCUGGCACUGAUGGUGUCGAAGAUCAAAUGUCAACUGAAGACAAAUUAAACGAGGCGAACCACCAGAUUGCAAAUGGUCAUAGUAGUUCGCAAUCUUGA